GUCAAAUUUGGCUCUAGUUUAAGUAGUUUUAUCUUAGAUUUACUUCUUUAGUGUAGAGUUAUUCCAAUGUCGGAAAAUUUCGACUCGCCACCAAAAUUACCCGACCGUGAAGAUGUCUCCGAGCCGCCCGAAAACCCCCACGAACGCCACUCUUCAGAACGCCGAGUUAAAGUAUCUCUCCCGGAAAUCACCUCUGAAGAGAAAAAAAAAGACGAGACAGAUGAACAUUUAUCACUCAAGAGUGUCAGUUUAGGCUCGAUUUUGUCGCUAUUGCAGAAAAAUGCGAGUAAAGAAUCGACAAUGUCGAAAGACGUGUUUACAUUGGGUUCGAUCAAAAGCGGGGCAUCCUCGAGGAAAACCGGAGUGUCGACGCCCUCACGAAGCAGCAAAUCGGAACAAAUAUCCGAACCGGAAACGGGGGAAGUCUCCCCCCUUCCUCCGGAAAUCGACGAUAUUAGUUAUGCCAUCCCGGAGGAUUUUAUCAGAAGAAUGCGAAGCUCAACACUUUCGUCCAGUAUUCAUUUCGUUUCAGAGGAGUUUACGAAACGCGAAUACUCGCUAGAUAUGCCCACAAUAGCCGAAGAUUUUGAGACACUAAGAGAUGAAGACGAAUACCAUGAAGACAUUUACAUUGAUAGAAAACUGUACAUCGAAAUGUACAAAAUAUUCGAAACGAGAAAAUAUAAAGAGAAACUCAAAAACAACUAUUUGCAAUCAAGACUAGCCAAAUAUUACAUGAGACGUAAAAUGUUUUACGUUUUGAGAGAAUUAACAACGAAAGUGGACGAAGUCAUGAUAAAAUACCAGAAAGACUUGGAAAGUUUGGAAAAUUUGUGCGAUUUGAGCGAACGUGAAAAAGCAUACAAUUAUGAAGAAAUCAAAGUUUUAACAGCGAAACGUGACGCUAAAAUAGCCGAUUUAGAAACACUAUUCCAGAAUUUGAUCAACAUGGAACAGGAAUUUGCUAAAACACUCACAUUUGAACGAACCGGACGCACAAACGUCGACAAGAUGGCGGAGCGUUUUGUGAAACGACAGAAGAGCCAAGCAAACCUUUUGAUAAAACUGCGAAUGACUUACAUCAAUUUGCGUAAUCGAUUCAACGAAAAAACGCUAGCUUAUGAGAAUUUGGAUCAUUUGGGUCCGGGUUACGGUAUCAUGGAUUACGUCCAGUUGAAAAUGGACAAUCGUAAAUUGUACGACACUUUGGAAGAAAAGGAAUCCGAAUUGACGAAAUUGCGUUUGGAUUGUAAGGAUACGAUUCAGGUUUUGGCACACAAUCGUGAGAAAUCGCAAGUUGUAAAUUUGGAUAUUGAGAAAUUAAAGGAGGAACUUCAAGUGACCGAUACGGAACUUAAUGAUGCGCGUGAACAGUUGGGGUAUUUGAAACGUGAGAGAGAUAAAUUUCGAGAUGAGAUAAAAAGAAUGCGACUCGAAUUUGGUUUGCUGACGAAUCCGAAAUUACUGCGCGAUAUGGAAAGCUCAAUCAAGGAAAUUAAUAUUUUGAAGGACAAUAUUGAAAAGACAAAAGAUCGAUAUUUGGAGAAAAGUAAACAAACCGUAGCGGUACGCAAAAAUAUGGAACGUUAUGUGGCGGAUAGAAAACGUGAAGAAAGUCGAAUAUUGAAAAUUUUAGAAAGUGUUAGUAGUUUGACAGUUAAAAAAAUACCGACGCUUGCUACUGUACCCUCAGUUGGUACGAAAAAGAGCGUCUCUAUUGUGGAUUUACCACAGAAAAAAAGUUUCUAAUAAAAACAAUAAUAACUCCAUAUAGAAAAUAUAUUUGGCAACGAUUAACAUUAAUUGGUCCUUAAAAACAAAGUGCUACAAUUAUCACAGUGAUUCCUUAAAAUUACCAAACUUGUACUU